CUAUCCAAAUAAUUCGGCCUUUUAUCGCUUUAAAACCACUUGUGUUACAAAUCUUAGAAUGCUGUCCGCUUCCUGCUGCCUGACAAGUUAUGUUUAGCUCCAAGGUCGGCCUUACAUUGGGACUAUAUGGCCGUAAUGCUAAUGUUGCGGUACAGUAAAUGCCCGGGUUUCUAUAGCGCUGUUUUUUGUGGUAUGGUCCAGUUGGGACUGAGAACCUGCGGGGUUAAAAUAGGGGGGAAUUGGAUUUAUGAUUGAUUAUACCAACUAGAUUUCUGAAUGAGUUUACAGAGUCGCGAUUUUUCACGGUGGCUUUUGUGCCGACAUGCGGUUGUAUUUAGACGCCGUUUCCCGGGCGGCCUCGUGAGCAAACGUUAACCGCGUUUCCCCUUGUACCCCCGGCUGAGAGUCUGGUCCUGUGUGACAGCUCUGAACACGAAGUGACACGCUGCUUUUAUUUUGGCUUGCAUGUCCUGUGAGCCGAUUACAGCUGUGUCUGGAGACCCAACAAUUUGUGUUGCAGAUUGCACGUGGGGGUUGAAUUCAGUCAGUGCACCUUUGCUCAGAGAUGGCUGCUGCAGUGCCUCAGUGUUGCAGUCAAACAGCUGUUCAGCGUCGAGUGCUUAGUAUGACUUUGAUAACAGUAGAGGCUCCAUCAUCCAUUCAUGUGAUUUAAUUCAAAACCAUAUGCACAUUUUUACAGUAACUCCACAUUUUCUUUUAAAUCUCAUAAUGCUGUGCCAGGAUUUCUGAGAUGAUACCUGACCUGGCAGUCUUAAAUGCAUAUUAAAACUGAGCCAUCCUUAUUUUACUUUGUAUCAGUUAUUAUGCUCUUAUUUUUACCCCCAAUCACCCCCAAUCCUCUUGUCUUGUGUUUGUAUUACAGCUGCCUCAAGAGCAAAGUGAUAGGUGACGUGGUGGUUGGCAACAGACCUGGCACUGUGCUUCCAUGGAGACCAAACCGGUACCAUCCGCUGUGUGGAGUCAGACAUCUAACAAUGAUUCAGGCAACGGCACACAGGUGCAUUUUGAAGGCGGCACAGUGGCCCAGAUAGUGUACAGUGGCGAUCAGGCGGAGCGAGGACAGCAGCAGGUGGUUUACACAGCAGACGGGAACUCCUAUACCUCUGUAGAGUCUGCAGAGCACACGCUGGUUUACAUCCAUCCUGCAGACGGCACUCAGACUGUAUUUGCUGAUCAGCCACAAGUGGCUUACAUUCAGCAGGAUGGUACAACGCAACAGGUCACGGUUUUGCUGCCCAGUGGACAGAACAUGAAUGCUGCCAAUCUGCAUGUUCUCAGUAAUGUAGCAGAGACUCCCCAGGCUAUCCUGGAGACAGUCUCCCAGGAGCAGCUGUCCGUGUCCAAUUCGCUCCCCUCCUCCAUGGCUGACAUGGCGGACCCCCCCAGCAGUCCCCUCGGGGCCACGGACUCCACAGACGAUUCUGACGAAGAUGAGGAUGACGACUCUGAGAUGGAUGACUGGGAACCUCGUCAGCCUGAGUCCUUCAACCCUCACAGCCUCUGGUGUGAGGAGUGUAAUAUUGCCAACCCGUCUGUGUGUCUGAAGCACGGACCUCUGCACCCCAUCCCCAACCGGCCCGUCAUGUCCAAGGCCCGGGCCAGUCUGCCUCUGGUCCUCUACAUCGAUCGCUUCCUGGGCGGGGUGUUCUCCAAGAGACGCAUCCCAAAGCGCACACAGUUUGGUCCUGUGGAGGGACCCCUGGUUCCUCAGAAUGAAUUGCAGGACCACUACAUUCAUCUCAAACUGUGCAUGCUGGAUGCAGAGAAAGAUGGAGAGAAGUCCGAUGACACGUGGCUGGACCUUUCUGACGAGGACAGCUGUAACUGGAUGAUGUUUGUGCGACCGGCUCAGAACCACCUGGAGCAGAACCUGGUGGCCUACCAGUACGGCUCUGAGAUAUUUUACACGUCCAUCAAGAACAUCCAACCCAAACAAGAGCUCAAGGUGUGGUAUGCGGCAUCAUAUGCAGAGUUUGUCAAUCAGAAGAUCCACGAUGUUACAGAAGAAGAGAAAAAAGUGCUCCGGGAGCAGGAGAAGAACUGGCCUUGUUAUGAGUGUAACCGCCGCUUUGUGAGCUCUGAACAACUGCAGCAACAUCUCAACAUGCACGACGACAAAGUCAACUCUGGUACCAGAUCCAGAGGCCGGGGCCGAGGAAGAGGCAGGAGGAGAUUUGGGACAGGAAGAAGACCGGGGCGGCCCCCUAAGUUUAUACGCUUGGAUGCACCUGUAGACGCCGGUGGGGACAAGACAGAAAUGAUGGAACUGACAGAGAAGCUGGAGGGAAGCUGGCGGAGAGGUCAAGGACGCUGGCUGCCGCUCUGCGCUUGUGUACGGAUAUCGCCGCGAGACAACUUUUCAACCGAGAAAUAUCAUCGUAUUUCAAUUUUUAAUAUCGUCACACCUCUACUGAAAUGCCUACUGUGUUUUGAGAUUGUUUUGUUGUUUGGUGUCCUAGUGGCCAUGAUUUGCUUUACAACAGUGUGUGUCUCUCUUCCUCAAUGCGUGCUCCCCUCACAGAUGGAUGUGCAGAAUGCAGCGCUGCAGCACCUUUUCAUCAGGAAGAGCUUCCGUCCUUUUAAGUGCACCCACUGUGGCAAGGCCUUCCGGGACAAAGACAAGCUGGAGCAGCACCUGCGGGUGCACGGCCGCGACGCCUACGCCUUUUCCUGCCACAUUUGCAGCAAGAGCUUCAUGAGUGACUCAGCCCUGGAGGACCACCUACUGGUGCACACGGAGAACCGCUCCUACUCUUGUCUCUUGUGCCCAGAAACCUUUGAAAGGCUGGACCUGCUCAAAGACCACGUAGGGGUGCAUGCUGUGGAGGGCUGCUUCACCUGUCCUUCCUGCAAGAAGACAUUUACUGACUUCAUCCAGGUAAAGAAGCAUAUACGCUGCUUCCAUUCAGAGAAGAUCUUUCAGUGCCCAGACUGUGAAAAGGCCUUCUGCCGGCCAGACAAGCUGCGUUUGCACAUGUUGCGCCACUCUGACCGCAAGGACUUCCUGUGCUCAACAUGUGGCAAACAAUUCAAGAGGAAGGAUAAACUGCGGGAGCACAUGCAGCGCAUGCACAAUCCCGACAGAGAGGCCAAGAAGGCGGACCGAAUCCACCGCUCCAAAUCCCUGAAGCUGAAGGUGCCCACCACCGACUUCGAGAGCUUCAUGUUCAAAUGCCGAGUGUGCAUGAUGGGGUUCAGGCGCAGAGGAAUGCUGGUCAAUCAUUUGUCCAAGCGUCAUCCAGAGAUGCGUAUUGAUGACGUGCCUGAGCUCACGCUGCCAAUUAUCAAGCCCAACAGGGACUACUUCUGCCAGUACUGUGACAAGGUGUACAAGAGUGCCAGUAAGAGGAAAGCACACAUACUGAAGAACCACCCCGGGGCAGAAUUGCCUCCCAGCAUCCGUAAGUUGCGCCCGGCCGCUCCUGGUGAGCCAGACCCCAUGUUGAGCACGCACACACAGCUGACUGGCACCAUCGCCACUGCACCCGUCUGUUGCCCACACUGUGCCAAACAGUACAGCAGCAAGACUAAGAUGGUUCAGCACAUCCGGAAGAAACAUCCAGAGUUUGCCCAACUGGCCAACACCAUCCAGGCACCUCUGACGACCGCUGUGAUCAGCAGUGCUCCUACAGUCAUCAGUGCAGACGGCACUACAGCCGAGGCUGUCGUGACCACAGAUUUGCUGACCCAGGCCAUGACGGAGCUUUCUCAAACACUGACCACAGACUACCGCACAGCGCAGGGAGACUACCAGAGGAUCCAGUACAUCCCCGUGUCUCAGGCUGGAGGCAGCCUGUCCCAGCCACAACACAUCCAGCUGCAGGUGGUGCAGGUGGCCGCGGCUUCCUCCCCACAUUCCCAGCACCCGACAGUAGACGUGAGCCAGCUGCAUGACCCUCAUGGCUACAGCCAGCACUCCAUCCAGGUCCAACACAUCCAGGUCAAUGAGGCCUCAGGCACUGGACAGGGUGCCACUCAGCCUCUAAGCCCCUCCUCCCAGCAGCCCAGUCAGGAGUUGAGCCCCACCCAGCUGACCCCCGUGACAUUAGCUCAGAACCACAGCCUGCAGAGCAGCAGCACCCAGCAGCAGCAGCAGCAGGGGGCGGUGCAGCACGCAUACAUACCUGGGAACUGGAACUACCGCGGCUACUCGUCUGAGAUCCAGAUGAUGGCUCUACCUCACACGCAGUAUGUGAUCGCUGAGGCCAGCACCCCUGUAUCUGGAGUCAACAGCAACCAGGUGAAAACGGUGAGUGAAUGCUGUCUGAUACAUGUUUGAUGAAAGUGUGAAGUACAAUUGGCUGUGGUUUA